GGAAACAUCGCUUUCAAGUUAUUUUUGUUAUAAAUUUAAGCAAAUGGCUGACCAUGGCUUGGAUGAAAUACCUCCACAGUGCCCACACUGUGCAUCUUCUCAGGCUGAUCUCCUUUGUGUGUGUUCAACAGUCAACUCUCCAGUUUUGGUGGUAGAAAUGUCACAGACAUCGAGUAUUGGUAGUACAGACAAUUUUGCUACACAAGAGAGAAAAAAAGAAAGAAAUACCAGCAGAGAGCCUUCUUUGAAAGAUUUGACCACGAGAACUUCAAACCUGGAGAGAAAAAGCUCUCAGCCUCAGUGGAGUCGGAGCAACGUCACCGAAGGGAAAGUCCUGCACAUAAGAAUGGAGAACGGAGCAGAUAUCGAGGAAUUCUAUACCUUUGGAAGAAUAUUGGGACAGGGGAGCUUUGGAAUGGUCAGUGAAGUUACAGACAAGGAAACAGGAGCUAAGUGGGCAAUUAAGAAAGUGAAUAAAGAAAAGGCUGGAAGCUCUGCCGUGAAGUUACUUGAGCGGGAGGUGAACAUCCUAAAGAGUGUUAACCAUAAACACAUCAUCCAUCUGGAACAAGUGUUUGAGACGCCUAAGAAAAUGUAUCUUGUGAUGGAACUUUGUGAGGAUGGAGAACUCAAGGAAGUCCUGGAUAAAAAAGGGUACUUCUCAGAGAACGAGACAAGGUUGAUAAUUCAGCGUCUUGCAUCAGCCAUCGCAUAUCUCCAUGACAAUGAUAUAGUGCACAGAGAUCUAAAGCUGGAAAACAUAAUGGUUAAAAGCAGCUUCAUGGAUGAUAACAAUGAAAUGAACUUAAACAUAAAGGUGACUGAUUUUGGCUUGGCGGUUAGGAAGCAUGGUUCCAGGAGUGAAAGCAUGAUGCAGACCACGUGUGGCACUCCUAUCUAUAUGGCCCCCGAGGUUAUCAAUGCCCAUGAGUACAGCCAGCAGUGUGACAUCUGGAGCAUAGGUGUCAUAAUGUACCUUUUACUGUGUGGAGAGCCACCCUUUUUGGCAAACUCAGAAGAAAAGCUCUUUGAAUUGAUAAAAAAGGGAGAGCUACGAUUUGAACAUCCAAUCUGGGAUUCCAUAAGUGAUUCUGCAAAACAUGUUUUGAAACAACUUAUGAAAGUAGAUCCUGCUCACAGAAUCACAGCUAAGGAACUUCUAGAUAACCAAUGGUUGACAGGCAAUACAUUUUCUUCAGUGAGACCAACCAAUGUAUUAGAAAUGAUGAAAGAAUGGAAAAAUAACCCAGAAAGUGAUGAGGACACCAAGACAGAUGAGAAGACUAAGCGUCCUGAGACAGGAAAUCCAGUUGCAAAGACAACAAAACAGCCCACCACUGCUGCCAAGAAGUCAGAUGCAGAUGGCGUUGACAUGAGCAGUUCACAUUCAACAUCUAGCAAAUUCCUUUCUGCUGAACCUGAGAAAAGCUCCGGGACUACGAACCAGGCUAAGAGCUCCAUAAAAUCCUCUUCUUCGAUGCGAGGCAAGAAAAAGCUCUAAGGUUCUGUCCAGUGCUGUGCAGCACAAGAACAGACCACUCCUCUAGCGCUUGAAGGGAGGGGACAGGAGGGGACAGCUUGGCACCGAGCUUUUAGCCUUUGGCUCUGCUGAGCCCUGCGUGGGUUACACCAGUUUAAAAUUGAAGCUAGUUACCAAAGCAGUAUAGCUUGCAUGGGGCACUAAAGGACAGUGUGGGCAUGCUUGGGGCAGCUACAGCUCUCGGCAGCUCCAGGUGCUCCAGGGUUAAGGGACAAAUGCUCUCAGUGCAAGCCUGGGGCCAUACUUGCUCAGUUCUACUCCAAUUCUUAUAUUUAGGCACAAUUAUUUAUAAGGGAAACAAGAGGCCAGAUCCAGUGA